UGCAGGGAUUUGAUCCAAGAUCCUCGAGGAAUUUGGUCCAUUUUUCUCGAAGAAUUAUACGAUUGGGAGACUUUGGAAAGAAUGACUCCAACAGACAAUGUUCGAAUCACGUCUGUAGUCAACAAAUACCAUGUUGAGAUGUUGAAAACAUGGAUUGCAAGAAAGUAUGUGGAAGAGAACGAGGAGGAACCACCAAGAUUGUCAACGUUUGCGGUAACCACUGCUUUCAUGUGGGUUUGUUUGGUCAAACUGAAACAAAGUAAUAAAACUCCUGACCAACGUUUAAGAAAUGACGCUGCGAUGUGCGUCUUUACUUUUCUAGCUGAUUGUAGAAGCCGCCUAAGAUUGCCAACAAAUUAUUUUGGAAACUGUCUAAAACCAUGUUUUGCAACGGCGAAAAGAAGUGAGCUAAUUGGAGAAAAUGGGAUGGUUGUGGCUGCAAAGGCUAUUGGAAGAGAAAUUCUGGAGCUCGAGAAAGAACCACUGAGAGGGGCAGCGACUUGGAUAUCAAGUGGAAAGGAAGUAUUGCGUAAAUGUGAACACUACAUAACACUUGCAGGAUCGCCAAAACUGCGAGUUUACGAGACAGAUUUUGGGUGGGGAAGGCCAGCAAAGAGUGAGGUCGUUCACCUUGGUUCUCAAGGAUCCAUUGCUAUUGCUGAGAGUAGGGAUGAGGAAAGCGGCGUUGAAUUUGGCGUGCCACUUGCUCCAGAUGAAUUCGACAAAUUCAAUGUUAUUUUUGAGCAAGGUUUACUGAGCUUGUGCAAAUAAAUUGUUGUACGAUGGAGU